ACGUUCAAACAAUUUUCAAAAAACGGCUGCUUAUCUCUCACUGAAAACACAAAAAAAAGUUUGAAAGCAAAUAAAUAGACACAACGAUAUACUGCAGUGUUGUCUCUGCGAUUGCUGAACAUGAUACGUUGACAUCAGUUGCAUUUUGGAUUUGUGCAGAGAACGAACAAGAGUCAAGAUCCCCUUAAAGAUAUUUUUUUGAAAAUGUCUUCAAACUUUUUGGAUAUUCCUGGGAGAAAGCCUCCAUUACCGGACACAACUUCAUCAUUUGAAGACGAUGACCACAGCUUUAUUAUUCUCGGAUCAUCAGAAAGUCACUCAUUUACAUCGAUCGACCGUGAAAUUGAAUUACUUCAAGACCCAUUGAGAAGUUCAUCACCUAUUAUGGAAGGUUUGACUGAUGAACAGGAUUUGGAAACUUUGAUCAAUAGCGAACUGGAUCAAAGUGAUUACUGUUCAAUACCGGAAAUUUGUGAGAGUCUCAUAGCAACAAUAAAACCAGGCAUGGUGAUUGCCACAGAUGACAGUAGAACAAUGUUGAAGGAAAGUUUAGAGGAAAUUAUUACGCGAUCAGAACAGUGGAAAGAACACCUGGUCUUCACACGAAAGCUGUUAACCACACAUCAUAGGCUAAGAACCGAGCUAUUGGAAAUGGCGAAAGAAGUUGUCAAAAUGAAAGAGAUCGUUGAUCGAUUGCAAGAGGAGAAGCAAGAAAUGUCAGAAACGCUUGAACGCGAAACCAGAAAGAAAUCUCAGUUGUUAAAAAAGUUUAAAAAUAUUCGAGAGACUGAAUCACAAAAGACUGAAGGAGUCUUGAUGAACUCCAGUGAUAAAUCUAAGAGUAUCUGGAUACGUGUUUUAGUGGUUUUGUUAAGUCUUUUUGUUUUAGUGGUCUCUUUAUGUGGUCUCUUUAUGAAAAUAAAAGGUGUAUGAC